AGGCAAGAUAGUUCGGCCUUUCCCCUUCCAUUAGCUUCGGUUAAAGGCUUCAACACCUUUCUGUUACUUAAUUCGAUAAUUGCCGUUUUAUAUUCGUCGAGAAGCAUACACACCAAAUGGCAGACAAUCAGCGUCAUAGCCACGUUCCAAACACCAAUUCAGUUCAGGUUCUCCAAUCGAACACUAGCAACGAAAAUCAUCACAAAGACGAAAUUCUAGUAGAAGCGACAGCUGUUACUCAAGAUACUGGAGUAAAAAGGAAAGAAUGGCGAACUUCAAGCCUUCACUGGGGUGUUUUGACCUCCCUAGCUCUCAUCGAAGCCGGCCUGAUCGCAACAAUCAUCUACCUUGAAAGACAAUCAUCUUCGCAGAAUGGAAUCGUGUCUAUCUCUCAGGUUUCUACCUCAUUGGCAUCCUCCUACUUCUCUAUCUCCAACAUCUGGAGAUAUGGCUUGCUCUGGACGACAUUGCCAUCACUGAUUAUGACUUUGUAUCGGAUCACUUGGGACAUUAUCGUUUCUGGAGCAUCUGAUCGUCAACCUUUCGUUAUUUUAGAAUGUCGGAAGAAAAAGCAUCCAGGAGAUUCGACCCUCAACUUUGAAUUGGAUUACAAGUCAUAUCCAUCAUCUUUUGCCUGGAUAGUGGCGCUUCGGAACGGCGACAUACAACUGGGCGUCCCAAUGCUACUUAGUUUGAUCCUUUCAAUUGCUAUAGUACCUUUGGCAGCGCACUUGUUCGUCGCGGCUCAAUCUCAGUCAGGCUCGGUUGUUGCCAUUAACUUUAUAACAAGUUUCAACGAAUCUGCUCUGACAGCGGAAACCAGCUUGCAGCCUGCGCUCGACCUUGCAUCAGCGAAUCGUAUCUAUUAUGCCACCCCGCCUUCUUGGAUGACUUCGGAGUACGCUUUUGAGAAAUUCGAUGUGGGCGAUGGGAACACAAUAACAGGAAAUGUGACUGCAGAAACCAACGCAUAUUCAGCACAGCUAGAUUGCCAAACAUUUCCCGAAUCCUCAGCAAUGUAUAAAGACUCUGGGACACCGGGCGCUUGGACUGUAAUUUACAACAUAAAUGAUCGGGGUUGCGAAGUAUCAGGGUCCAUAUCAGUUGUAAACACGACUCCGAUAUACACUCAGAGCUGGCAGACCAAUUGCGCCGGAUCCGAAUAUGGUAGAGUUGGUGUGAUUGCAGGCACCUAUUCCGAUGAAUCUUCUGUCAAACUUGCCAACUACAGCCUCGUUUCAUGCGCGGUUUGGUACUGGAACACAUCAGGCUCCCUUACAGUCUCCAUCCAACCAACCAUGUCACCUCAGUUGAUCUCGUUCGCACCAAAUUCCAGCACCUCCAUACAUCCAUCGGAUAUUUACCAGGAACUAGAGGAAAGUUUCCACAGGUAUGGGUUUUUCGAUCCCUCAAAUAGCAUUCAAGCAGACGCCUUUGGAUUUUCCGUUUACUCCUACGCGAAAACACAAAAUACGACCUCCCCCAUAACGCCUGAUCUGAUCAAGAAUUGCACAGAAGAUCUAUUUCAGACUCUCUACGCCGGCCUGGCUACAAAGAUUCUUUUCCAAGACACUGCCAUAUCUCGGACUUCGACCGGUGGACUUUCUACCCCGGUUACACGACUCUAUAUUGUCUCUCCAGUCGCGUACACAAUUGUUAGCGUAUUGGUACUUGCUCUCAUUUUCAAUAUUGUUCUUCUCGUCUACACUUAUCGAACGGACUCGAUUCUCAUAGAGGAACCUUUUGUUUUAAUUGGGAAGGAAGAGCUCCUGAAGCAAAGUCAUGAUCCUCAACGUGUGGUAGGCGAUUGGGAUAGAGUGCGUCCCAAAGUACCGUUUAUGAGAAAAGUCCUUUGUCACGAUGCGACGGCAACCACUAACCGAGGCGAAAGGGGGUAAGGCUAAACCUAAUCAGGAAGGCCUUCUCUCUCGUUCUUUGACCGGAGCGGAAGAUUGGUGCCGAGAUAUCGAGGCCGACUAGUUGCAAGAAACUAAAGGGGAGAGACGGUGAAGCUGACGAGAACAGUGGUUGAGAAGAUGAAGGACUAGGCUUAGAUGGUAAGAUUACAAUGGCAACACUCUCUAUUAUUCUUCGGCAGUAAGAAAGCAAUGCUCUCAUAAUGAGGUGCAUAGGUACAGCCAUGGGCCAAAUAGGGACUGUAAAAUGUAGUUAAUAUACGUCCGUCAAUUUUGAGCACUCAGAACAUAGGAACA